UUUCUUAAUAUUUAAUAUCAAUGGCUGCCGUUCAUUGCUAAAGCAUCUCUUAUAUUUUGAAGAUAAAUUUGAUAAAUAUCAAGGUGGACGUCGUUCUGUUUUAAUUCAAUCGACGAGCUUUGAUUAUAAACGGUCAGAAUUCAUCUGUAGCACCAAAAUGGGACACAUUUUCUUCAUUUAACCCUUUGUGUUCCGCCAUCUGCGUUAAAGCGAGAAUAUGAUGCGUCAGGUGUCCAGCAGCAGCAGUACUGAGUUCUGUAUCAGCGGCAGGCCGGCAUGUUUAGCCGAGGACAACAGACUGUCAACUGGUCACUUUGAUUUGUGCUCCACUAAGUUCUACUCAUCUGCAGCAGUUCCCCAGUGUUCUCGACAACUGUGCCUCGCUUACCUAACCCCGCCAACUGAACCCACCAAAUCCACGUCCUGCCAGAGGCCAGACUGCCGCGAGGGGCCACAGGGACCCGAGAAAAGUGGGGACUCUAAGAAAAAGUCAGUGCCAGGCAGAUCUGGUAAACGUGGGCGGCCAGCAGGGACGACUAAAUCAGCGGGCUACAGAACCAGCACAGGCCGGCCACUGGGCACCACCAAAGCCGCUGGAUUUAAAACCAGCCCGGGGCGGCCGUUAGGCACAACCAAAGCUGCGGGGUACAAAGUGAGUCCCGGUCGCCCACCUGGCAGCAUAAAGAGCCAAUCCCGCCUCGGUAAGCUGAGCUACAGCACCUGCAGCGGAGCGGCUUUCCCAUACAGCGUCAUGCAUAAACCAUGUGAAGCGGCACUGAAGGGCAACGAAACAAAAGAAACACCAAAAAUUUUAUUACAAGCGCCACCAUUCCUCCUCAGUGGCUUCCCCAUACGAAACCAAGAAACUCCACCCAUCACCGUCGUGUCAUCGGAGGCCUUUUCCCAAGCCACACUGUGUCCAAAUGACAGUCAGUCAAGAAACACUCUGCCGUUAGCACUCCAUAGUGCUCUGCCAUCAUACUCCUGAAUUGCCACACACACGUCUGUUGAGACAGUCACUUCAUUUAUCAAACAACACACUUGAUCAUUGAACACUAAUGUGGUGACAUCAUAACAGUUGAAAUAGAUUUGAGCAUAUCACUGACUGUCCAUUGCAUGUCCUGUUGACUUGGAAAGAGUGUAAUUAUGGUGUUGCUUCUAAAGUUCCACAAUAAUGAUAGCACUACGGACACUACAUUGAGUGCAAUAUUGAUGUCCUUGAAAUCUUUUUCCCAUUCCAGCACUCCACCAAAGAACUUGACUUCACAAUGUCUUCAUGUGAGAAUGCUCAAUGGAGUUUUGAGAUCAAAUGACAUAUUUCCACGACUCUUGACAUUUCACUCAUAUGAGAUUCUGUGACCUAGAAAAACAAGCACCCCACUUAAUUAAUUUUGUGAGUCAAAUAGUGACUUUUGUAUUGUAUUUGAUCUUUUGAUGAUGAUAAUUAUCAGUAUGUGGGAAUGCUUUCAGCAUCUUAUUAUCAAGUGAUGUAAAAAUGUUCUUAUGUUUCUGUCUGACAGUGAUAUUCAGACGUGCACUUGUGAUGCAGAACUGAUAUUAUGUUCACUCAUAUAAUCAGUCACAUAUAUGGGCUUUUUUUAAUUUUCUUUCAUUCACUUUGUAAUCCAGAAAAUGUGCUUCUUAUUGACACUGUGUUUUUCUUUCUUUCUGGAUAAAUUAUCUAUUCCAUUAUUGACAUAGGCAUUAGAAGUUUAAUGGCUGUUCAGUGAGUGUUAUAUAGGAAUGUUGAUAUGAUCAGUGAUUUACAGGUGGACGUAAAUUAUAAUUAUUUUAAGGCAAUUGUCUUUUCACUUACUCGUGUUUGUACAGUUCAAGCCCAAAAAGCAACAGUAAAUGUGUAACAGUCUAUAUCAGCCUCUCAAUGAUUGCAUAUAGGAUUUGUAAUGACUUUAUUUUCCUGUUGUUGUGCGCGCACGCACACUCGUGUGUGUGUGUGUGGGUGUGUAGAUUUUCACAAUGUUGUGUAAUAAACCGACUGA